CGCGCCUGAGGCUGAAUGAGGGAGGGCCGGGCGACUCCCUCCCUCUUUUUCGAGGUCUUUAAAAGCCGUCCUGCUCCACAGAGAAGGCACUCAGAGGGAUUUCAGUCUCCUCUUAGUGAGCUCUCCUGCUCCAGUCCUCUCUGCUCUCUCUCUGUCCGCGCCCUCCCCUCGAAGACAACCAUGAGUGUCCGCACCAUCAGCAUCAGUGGUAGCAAAAGUGGCCUGGGAGGUGGUGGCGGUGGCGGCAGCAUCAGACAGAACUUCUCAAGCCGCUCAGCCUUCGCUGUGCCCUCGGGCUCAAGGAUCAGCUCUGGUAGUGUCCGCCGCUCUGGCUUUGGCUUUGGUGGUGCCGGCGGGGGUGGCUCUUUCAGCUACAGCCUGAGCAGCAUGGGCGGAAGCAUUGGAGGAGGCUCGGCUCUGGGAGCAGGCGCUGGUGGAGGUUUGGCUCUAGGUCUUAGUGGAGGUGGAGGCUUUGGCAGCGGAGGUUUUGGAGGUGGCUUUGGAGCUGGAGGCUUUGGCAGUGGAGGUGGGUUUGGCAGUGGCGCUGGGUUUGGUGGUGCUGGUUUUGUGCCACCCCCCAUCACAGCUGUUACUGUCAACUCCAGCCUCCUUCAGCCUCUCAAUCUCGAGAUCGACCCCAACAUCCAGGUUGUCCGCACACAAGAGAAAGAGCAGAUUAAGACUCUCAACAACCGCUUCGCUUCCUUCAUCGACAAGGUACGUUUCCUGGAGCAACAGAACAAGAUGCUCGAGACCAAAUGGAGCCUCCUUCAGGAACAGACCACCACCCGUUCCAACAUCGACGCCAUGUUCGAGGCCUACAUUGCCAACCUGCGCAGACAGCUGGAUGGUCUUGGAAAUGAGAAGAUCAAGCUGGAGGGAGAGCUGAAGAACAUGCAGGGUCUGGUGGAGGACUUCAAGAACAAAUAUGAGGAUGAAAUCAACAAGCGCGCCGCUGUGGAGAAUGAAUUCGUCCUGCUGAAGAAGGAUGUCGAUGGGGCCUACAUGGGCAAGAUUGAGCUUGAGGCUAAAGUUGACGCCCUUCAGGAUGAGAUCAACUUCCUCAGGGCCAUCUAUGAGGAGGAGCUGCGUGAACUCCAGGGACAAAUCAAGGACACAUCAGUCAUUGUGGAGAUGGACAACAGCCGCAACCUGGACAUGGACUCCAUUGUGGCAGAGGUCCGCGCUCAAUAUGAGGACAUUGCCAACCGCAGCCGUGCUGAGGCCGAGUCAUGGUACAAGCAGAAGUUUGAGGAGAUGCAGACAUCUGCUGGCCAAUAUGGAGACGACCUUCGCAACACCAAGGCUGAGAUUGCAGAGCUCAACCGCAUGAUCAGCCGACUGCAGAAUGAAAUUGAGGCUGUCAAGGGACAGCGAGCCAACCUGGAGGCUCAGAUUGCAGAGGCAGAGGAGCGAGGAGAGCUGGCAGUGAAGGAUGCCAAACUCCGCAUUAGGGAACUGGAGGAGGCCCUGCAGAGAGCCAAGCAGGACAUGGCACGGCAAGUGCGCGAGUACCAGGAGCUCAUGAACGUCAAACUGGCCCUGGAUAUUGAGAUCGCCACCUACAGGAAACUCCUGGAAGGAGAGGAGACCAGGAUCGCCUCUGGUGGUGGAAGCGCAACCAUCCACAUUCAGGAGAGCUCCAGUGGUGGUGGUGGUGGUUCUGGAUUCGGUGGUGGUUUCGGCUAUGGUGGUGGAGCUGGUGGUGGAGCUGGUGGAGCUGGAUUUGGCCUGGGUGGUGGAUCUGGCUUUGGCCUGGGUGGUGGAUCUGGCUUUGGCGUGGGUGGUGGCACUAUUGGAGGCUAUGGCGGCGGCUAUGGCGGCGGCUCCGGCCUCAGCGUGGGUGGAGGUGGAAGUGGAAUCUCCAUCUCCCGUUCCUCCACAGUAUCACAACGUCGCUUCUAAACACACAAAGUCCUUCCAAACCCCCUCACCCAACUCUCAGCUCCAUCCUCUACUGAAUAACUUCCAUUCAGAAACUGCCCAAACGCAUCUCAGCAUCUAAGAAUUUCUCAGCCUCCCUUCUCUUCUUCAUCUUUGCACCACACUGAAUGUAUUCCUAGAGUAUCUGCUGACGUGUAUCAAAUAUGUUUACAUGUGUUCAGCACAGAGCAGAGCUACUCAACACACCAUGAGCUCAGUGGAUGCUCUAGGUCUACAGAGUGUAUGAUCAGGUGUUCUCUUAGGCUUCUGCUCUUUGUUCUAUGAAAUGCUUCUCCAACAACUAAAGAAAGAGACAUAGCAAGGAGCUCACCUUCUUUCACUGCCCGCCUGACCAAUGUCUGUUGCUCAGUGUUAGGAAAACUCAAAAAAUGAAGCAAAUUGUUUGAACCAUGGUCACUCCGCUCAGCACUGCCAACAGUUUGCUGCAUUUUUUGAAACGCACUCACGGUGUAACAAAAGCUCAGCAAUGUUCUUGAGGAUAGAGCAGCUGUAUGAUCAGCUCCUGAGUUCUCCAGCUUUGCUUCCCGGAUGUGAAGGACUAAGCGGAGACCUUUGGAACAGCUGUUGCCACAGUGUGCUGUACUCUCUAUGUCUCAAAGGCCGAAUGGCGCAAAACGAUUUGUGAAAUGUAAUUGACCAUGCCACCGCAAAACCUAAAUAAAAGUGGAUUCUGUACACUUAA